GAAGUCCUCCGAGCCCUCCGCCGCCGCGAACGACGAAGAGCUGCGGGAGCUGCGGGAAGCCCAGGCGAAGGCAGAGGCCAAGGUGAAAACCUUGGAGAAACGGUUGGCCAAAUAUGAGAAAAGCCCCGUGCCCGCCCACAGCAGCGUGGCCAAUGGCGUGAACGGCGCCGGUCCACAGAGUAGCCGGCUGCGCUCAAAGCUCCCUGAAAAGAAAAGCGGUGCAGUGCCCUCACGGGAGGCCUCUUCACCACUGAAAAGGCGCUCGCCAAGAGAAGUGAAGAGUUCCCCGCGGGAAGUGAAGAGUUCACCAAGAGAAGUGAAGAGUUCACCAAGAGAAGUGAAGAAGAGCUCCCCACGGGAAGCGCCACGGGAGGAGUCGAACGCAGCGAAGAAAGUGGUGGCACUUCCUGCUGAAUCGCUGAAGGCCGAGGGUGCAGUACCCAGCAGUUGCUUGUACAACAGUGACAGCAGCAGCAGUGGUCCUGGCGUUCGCGGUGCGUAUCCACCGAGUCCAGACAGUGUGAGCCCAGAACCCCACUCUCGCUGGAUGGGCCCCUUUGCAGAGCAGUCCGACUUGCCGCAGGGAUCCGAGACCCAGAAGGGCUCUGCUGAAUGUCCAGACAGCAGAGAGGCCUCUGUUAGUUCCAGCGAGACGCCCAAGGUUGAGGUGGCCAGUACGUCUCCUCAAAGCGCGGCGGAUCUCUUCGCGCGCGCGGAGGCCCUUUGUGAGUCUCAGCAUUUUGCAGAAGCUGCAGAGCUCUUUAGGUGCGUCCUGGCGGCGUUGCGGACCUCGGCGGACCGCGAGGCCAUGCGCUCGGUGGAGGCCGAGGUCUGGGCGCAUCUGGGGGUGGCCAUGCAGUCGCUCGAUGAUAUCGCAGCAGCCAUCGAGAGUUACUGCCAAGCUGUGCGUAUGGAUCCGUCCCUGCAUGUGUGUUUUGCCAACCUGGCGACGCUGUACAUGUACCUGGAAGAUUUUCACAAAGCGGAGGAGCAUAUCUCGAAAGCCCUGGAAUUGGAGCCGCAGAACGAUGCCUACCUGGAAAUCAAAGCUUCUAUGCGACAACGCUCGCGUGUGAAGCAAUGA